CCCGGCCCCUCUUCUUGGGCAGGGUCCUCCCCGGUCCGGCUCUCACCAGCCCCGCGCAGGACCAUUGGGGCCACCGCGUCAUCCGCUGCCGCAGCACAGAGAAAGCCAUCGCAGCGGCCAUCUUUGACACUUCCGGGACCGAGAAAUCUGCUUCCGGAUCGGCGCUCUUCCCCACGUGGUAGCAGCGGCCUUAGAUGGGCAACUCAGAUCAUGGACGAACUUCCCGCUGAUUUGCGGGCUUUCCUGCGCCAGCACCCCAGCCUGAGGCUGCUGCCCAACACUCACAAGGUGCGCUGCUCCCUAACUGGCCAUGAGCUACCCUGUCGUCUCUCGGAGCUUCAGGUCUACACUCGCGGCAAGAAGUACCAGCGACUGUCCAGAGCCUCCUCGGAAUUCGAUUACACAGCGUUCGAGCCACACAUCGUGCCCAGCACAAAGAAUCCGUACCAACUUUUCUGCAAACUCACCCUGAGGCACAUCAACAAGUCCCCAGAGCAUGUACUGAGGCAUACCCGGGGCCGGAGGUAUCAGAGAGCACUUCAGCAAUAUGAGGAGUGUCAGAAACAAGGUGUGGAGUAUGUCCCAGCCUGCCUCCUGCACAAGAGGAGGAAGAGGGAGGACCACAUGGACGGAGAUGGGCUACCUGACCAGAGCAGAGCUUUCUGGGAGCCAGCGUCCAGUGACGAGGGAGGAUCCUUGAGUGACGACAGCAUGACAGAUCUAUACCCACCUGAGCUAUUCACAAAAAAAGAUCUGGGUACGUCUGAGACCACCACUCCUGAAGGCUUUCUGACAGACCAAGAGGAAGAGACGCUAAAGCAGUCCAGAGAGAAGGGCACUGGGGAAAGAAGAGAGGCCAAAGCGGGCCACAAGAGGGGCCAUAAACUCAAGAAGAAGCAGUUCACCUCGUUGACCAAGAAGUUCAAGAGCCAUCAUCACCACAAGCCCAAGAACUUCAGUUCCUUUAAGCAGCUGGGGAAAUGAAGUGUACAGAGAAAGCCUCUGGGUGUCCUUGGAACUGACCGCUGAUGUCCUGACAUUGCCUGUUGCUCAGAGUGGGCCUGGAGGUUCUGUUCAGAAGAUGGCGGCAGCAUGGACUUGACUUCUCUCUCUUCAUGGCUUUUCUGUGGUUUUUAGUGACCCUUGCUGAUGUAGCUCACUGUAGCACCCUGAGCUUGGCCAGGCCCCCACCUGGCUGGCCACCACAUAGGAUCACACUAGAUACCACAAAUGCCAUUAUUUAUUUUGAUGUUUCCAAAGAUCAAAACAUUUUCAAACACAACUAAGAUAUAAAAUACAGCAUAAAAAUGAGGUUUAUACCUAUUCCCACAUAAAGCUAAAGCAUUUUCAGAAACCA